AUGAAUAUUACACCAGAAGCGUACAAAAAGAGAAACUCAAUGCAGUUUGAAGAAGGGAAACAAUUAAUUUCAAAAAUUGUAUCCCAUUUUCCGACAAGGAAAUUCCCCAUAAUCCUAGACAUCGGUUCCGGAUCGGGAAAUCUGACCCAUCUCAUAGCCCAACUAAUCCCACACGAUACAAUCUUCGGCAUCGAUAACGACCCCGGCAUGAUCGACUUUGCCGUAAACAACAACCCCAUCCCGGAAACAAUCCGCUACGUGUGCCAAGACAUUUCCCAGCCGUGGGACCAACUUGCCCCGGAAUUAACCCGACUCGCCGGCCAGGUGGACCUAAUCCUGUCCAACAUUGCGCUUCAUUGGGUCACCGAUCUUGACACGGCGUGCAAAAACAUGGAAACCCUGUUGAAACCUGGGGGUGCAUUUUAUUUCAAUAUUUUUGCCAAAAAACUAAUUUCAUUUCCACGCGAAAAACAAUUCUUGAAGCAAAAAAGUGUUUCGUCUCAAAUUACUGAACUAGAGUGUAUCUUAAAUCGAGAUGAAUUGCGGGUAGUGUUUCGGUCAGAAUUGCGGCACAAUCGCUACCAAUUCGGUGCAGAAGAGUUUGAAGUCCUGGCGCCGAUAAUGUUUAAAAUGUACUACAACCUGAUUAAUGAAGAGGAAUUCGCAAAAUUGGAUAAAAUCGGGCAGGACAAGAAAUUCGGGACGGGGUAA